UGGGCAGUGCUGCUGUGCGCCGCGCUCGGUGCCCGCGCUCCCCGCUCCGCGCUCCCCGCCAGCCGCCCCGGGGCAGGAGGCGCGCCUGGCGGCCGGCCGGCCAGACAAAGGAGGCGCGGCGCGGCGGAGCCGGCGCGGGCCAGCGGACCAUGGACUCGGGGCGCGAGCGGCCGGCCCCAGCCCUGAGGACCCGGCGCCCCCGGGCCCGGCCCUAGGCGCCCGGCUCCGCCGCCCGGGGCGCGCAGCGGGGAGGACGCGGAGCCCGUGCGGCGCGGAGGAGGAGGCGGCGGCCGCCGAGCUAGAGGGGCGCCGCGGCGGACGGCCCGCGCGGCCCCCGGAGCCAUGGGCAAGUGCAGCGGGCGCUGCACGCUCGUCGCCUUCUGCUGCCUGCAGCUGGUGGCUGCACUGGAGAGGCAGAUCUUUGACUUCCUGGGCUAUCAGUGGGCUCCUAUCUUAGCCAACUUCCUGCACAUCAUGGCCGUCAUCCUGGGCAUCUUCGGCACCGUGCAGUACCGCUCCCGGUACCUCAUUCUGUAUGCAGCCUGGCUGGUGCUCUGGGUUGGCUGGAAUGCAUUUAUCAUCUGCUUCUACCUGGAGGUCGGACAGCUGUCCCAGGACCGGGACUUCAUCAUGACCUUCAACACGUCCCUGCACCGCUCCUGGUGGAUGGAGAAUGGGCCAGGCUGCCUAGUGACACCUGUCCUGAACUCCCGCCUGGCCCUGGAAGACCACCAUGUCAUCUCUGUCACCGGCUGCCUGCUUGACUAUCCCUACAUCGAAGCACUCAGCAGUGCUCUGCAGAUCUUCCUGGCUCUGUUCGGCUUUGUGUUCGCCUGCUACGUGAGCAAAGUGUUCCUGGAGGAGGAGGACAGCUUUGACUUCAUCGGUGGCUUUGACUCCUACGGAUACCAGGCGCCCCAGAAGACGUCGCAUUUACAACUGCAGCCUCUGUACACGUCGGGGUAGCCGCGCUCCCACCCGGGCGCCGCGUGCUUGCUGGCUAGACUGAAGCUGAGGCCACCAGGUCGGGCCCAAAUGGCAGGCGCGCCCCCUGGCGGCUAGCGGACCGACUGCAGCCUGCACUGGCUGGGUCCGCCGGACAUGGACCUGGCCCUUCGCAGCCCGACUCCAAGGGUGGGGCGGGCCGGGCGGGGGAGGGGAUCGCGGGGGGUUGUAUUUUUUUUUUUUUUUUUUUUUUUUUUAUCUCAGCCUUGAUGUGCGCUGGGGCCUCCCUGCCUUCUCCAGCCUCUUCUUUUUGAAACCCUUCACCCAACUUCCGGUCCCCUGUCCAGAGAGAAAUGGCAUUCACCUCAUUUUACCACACUGGUUCACCAGCCUUGGGGAGAGUUACUGUGACCUAGAAGCAGGAGUCCUGGGUUCCAGUUGCAGCUCCGUCACUGACUGUCUGUGUGACAUCUGGCAAGGCCCUGGCCCUCUCUGGGCCUCAGUUUCCCUCAAAUAAUUAAAAUAAUCUCUUAGCAGAUGGAGCUCUUUCUAGCCUUUUCAUUUGACUCUUAAGUCCCCAGGGCGAGGCUGGGAUUAUAAUUCCCAUUUUUCAGAUAUGGAAACUGAGGCCCAGAUAUGAAGCGUUUGCUUGAGGCCACACAGCUAGGCUUUGGGUGGAGGCAGGCCUUGAACACAGUGUACUUUCUGCAGUUUCAGGCUCCAGAACCUCGGGGUCUGGUCUCUGAAUUCCAUUUCUGAGCCCCCGACACUCUAGAACCCACAUGAUCUACACCACCUCUCCUGUAGCAAUAUACCUGUUCUCCUGUUGGGAACCAGAUGAACAGAGCCCAGAGCCCUGAAUUCAGCCUGACCCACAGGGAAGCCCUCCUAGGCUCGGCCCCUGCCCACCCUUGGCAAACAUUUCAAGCUCAUUCCAGUAAGAGGGGAGGCCACACCUCAGUCACGCCACCCCCUUCCAGGUCCCUGAGGCCGGGUCUGCUGCAGCCAUGAUCCCUACCUCGUCAGCAACCCCACCGACCCCUGAUGGUUCCAUCCACCUUCCAGAUGGAAGACCUGUGGUUCCGGAAUAGAAGAGGGCUGGCCGGCGCGGCCCAGUCAACACUUUUCAAAGAUCACCAGCGUCUGUGACCACUCCAGUGUCCAGGAGAAACCUCUAAGAAGCCCAGAAGGAGUUCUGAAGAGGCAGACUGGGGGAGUGGGUCGUGGUGUGGGGCCGGGAGGGCCAGCACCCUUGAGAGCAAACAGAUGAGAGCUCAUUCUCCCCACCUCCUUCCACAGACACCCCUGAGGACCUUGGUUCCUGUGUACGGGCCGGGAGUCCAAGGGCAGGAGGGUCAGGCCUCAGCUCCCAGUCUGUGAUACAGGAGUGGCCCUGGGUUAGGAAGGAGGGCAGGAGGCGUGGGGGACUUGGAGGGAAACACAGAUGGCUCGUACACCUGAGCCCGUCCGUGGUGAACACUCCAUCCUUGCUCUCCACCCUCUGAUCUAGCAUUCCCUACCGUCUGUGGCCAGAAUAUCCUGGGCUAGGACCCCACCCCACCAUCCCAUCUGUAGUGCUGUGUCAAGGAGCCGGCCCCAGGAGUUCCUCUGGUUCCCCCAGGCACUGAGUCCCGGGUGGUCUGCCUAGGUAACUGUGCGUACAGCUCAAGAAGGGAGCAGUUCCCUUCAGACCUGACUGCUUCCCUGCCUCCAGCCCUCUCCUCCCACCCCCACACGCCCCGCCUCCUUUCUACUCCACGGGUUUAGCCACUGGUGCUUUGAAGCCUUUUGUUUUUAUGAGAUGGAUUUUGCAAGGGGACCCAAGUUCUUUUCUCACUGGGACCUUGCAAGGCAGGGAGUGCUCCCCUGGUUUCUGUGCAGGUGGGUUGAUUAAAGAUGGUGAUUUCUUCUCUAUCUUUCUGUCCUCCUGCCCUGUGAGUGAGCAGGGUCCCUGCUUGAAGGUGAGCAGGG